CGGAGUACCUAGUCAAGUAUACCAAUCGCGGGCUGAUCGGCGGCGCGGGAAAAUGCUCUACCUCGAGGAUUACGUCGAAAUGAUCGAGCAUCUUCCACAAGAGCUAAGGGAUCGAUUUACCGAAAUGAGGGAGAUGGAUCUCGGUGUACAAAAUUCUGUGGAUAGCCUGGAGAAGAAAGUGAAAACGUUCUUUACCAAUGCCAAGAAGAUGAAGCCCAGUGAAAAGGAGGCGGAGUACGAGGCUAUCAGAAAAGAGUACUACAAGACUCUGGAGGAUGCCGAUGAGAAGGUGCACCUAGCCAAUCAGAUGUACGAAUUGGUGGACAGGUACCUGAGGAGGCUCGAUCAAGAGCUGUACAAGUUCAAAAUGGAAUUGGAGGCGGACAAUAAGGGCAUCACCGAAAUCCUGGAAAAGAGGUCUCUAGAGUUGGACCAGCCACCCACGAAUAGCAGCCAGAAAGAAAAUCGUUACAGUUUUACCCCGAGCAGAACGCGAGAUAAUCAUAGCCAUUCUCGGUCGGAGAAGCGACGGGACUCUAACGCAUCUUCCACGUCGGUCGAGAAGAGGCUGGCGAUCGAGAAGCUGCCGGCGACAACGAGUCUGCCCGAAUCACGACCGGCGUCAGCGAAUUCCGCGCCCAUUAUCGCAGCGAGUAGCGUCGCGCCGGCGCCGGCGGCUAUUGCUAAUUCUGUGGGAUCGGUAUGUUACAAUCUUGGUCACAUCGGCGCCGGCGGUACCGCCAUCGCGGCAGCCGCGUCACAGGCGAUAGCGGCCACGCAAUCAAUGCAGCAGGGCAGACGCUCGGCCAGUCUGAAGGCAAGCUACGAGGCCAUUAACACCGGCGGCGUGCACGCCGCGGAAUUCAGCAGGGAACUGGCCGGCGCGGCGCAAACCGCCAUCGCCGCCAUCCAAGAGACUACGAAGAAGCAUAAAAAAAAAGUAACGGCCACCGUACCGAGUUCGAGCGUGAUUGCGGCUACAGUGCAACAGCCCGUAUCGCCGCCGGUGGUUACCACGACUACGCAAGUGGUAGACCCGGACAAUCCGGAUUGGACGUACGAUCCAAACGAGCCGCGCUAUUGCAUAUGCAAUCAAGUGUCGUACGGCGAUAUGGUUGCCUGUGACAAUUCAGACUGCCCCUUCGAAUGGUUCCAUUAUCCGUGCGUGGGCAUCACCGCGCCUCCCAAGGGGAAGUGGUACUGCCCUCAGUGUACGUCCUCGAUGAAGAGACGUGGCGGACGGAAGAACUGAUUAGGUGAGGAGGAGGAGAAGAAGAGGAGGAAGCUGAGAAACUAUGUCGACCACGUAAAGAAAGCAUCGCUGCUACUACCUCUUAGACACUGUCCGUCGAGUACCGACUUAGUUAGGAAGCUGUUGUUAGCUCUGAUUUUAUAUAACUUUUUCAAUGUGCUGUUUCGAGUCUGCGUCAGUCUUCGGUCUUCUCUUUUCUCGCAAUGCGACCGAGUACACAUGAAAACGACAAUGUUAUUCUAUCGAAAUCUUGAAGUACAUCUAACGGAUAUAUCAAAUCGUAAGAUUUCGUAAACAUCUCAAUGUAUUUCACAUAACUGCCGUUAGCCCCGAGCAAUAAAGGAAAUGGGAUAAGGUGAAUAGAAGGUGAUUUGGAAAAUAUGAGAAUCGUUAUAAUGUAUUCUUCGACGAGUUUGAAAUUGACUGCUUCUCUUCAAAAACUUAGAUUUAGGUACUAGCUAUUUAAUAGAGAGAACAUUUCUCGACACACACACAAAUUAAGCUGUAAAUAAGUAAACUUUAUUUUUUUUUAAUAAUUUUAGACGAGCCUUAGUUUAAUAUAAACUUAAUUUUGUAUAAAUUGAACCUCCAGUAUUUAACGUUGAAAAUGAUGAAAACUAAUCGAAAUAACUUCGAAUUCGUCUGAGAAUAGCAACUUACUUUUUUGAAGCCACUUUAUAAACGAACUCUCUAGUCUCUACUAAUUUUCAAAGGAGAAUUGUAGCGAAUUGAUGUAUAUAAAAUCAUUUAUGCAGAGAUGAUCGUUGCCAAAAUGUGAGAACGAUCAUAUUUCUUUCGAUAAAUUUACCAUAAUUUUUAUAUCCAAUAAUUCGAAUUUAUCUCGUCUUUAAUUUAUCUUAAUUUCUUCUUUCCCUACAAAAUCGCUACAAAAUCACUGGAUGUUUAAUGCGUACUCCGUCUUACGCGCGAAAGUGUCACUUCAAGAUUUACUUAUAAUAAGCUCGUAAAUCUUUUCGAAUAUUUCCCAAAUGUCAUCCUUGUAGACGGAUCUGAAUAGUUAAUUUAGAACGGAAACUAACGUUUUCCUUAACAUUAUUCGUAAUUCUCAUAUUAAUGCAGAAAGGCAGCAACAGAACAAUUAGAACGGUUACGAAAAUGAGAAUUGCAUACAUUUCGCCCAAGGCUUUCAUUUCGCUGUUAGUGAUGCAAUUCUCGCUUUUUAAGCUAACGAAACUCAGUUCGACAUUAACACAGCACGCACUGUAUAGCGAUUCGAUUGUACGAACGAUUUCGAAGGGCCCUAUGAAUUUUACACGUGCUUCUUCACGUCAAUGUUUAUCCAAGAUUGGCGUUUCAAGACUCGAGCUGCGCUACGUUUCAAAGCGCGAUUGCGUUUUCGUCCGCGCGUUUACAUUUAUAUUUUUAUCGUUCUCAGAAAUUUGAAUUUGUGUGCGUGUAUAGAAAGCGAAGGAGCAGCUGCCGUUUUAAGCAACUUUAUCGAAAUGAAUUCUGAGAGUACUGACUUUUGAAAGAAAACCUGAUUUUUUGAACAAAUAAAAUUAACCGCGCAGAGACGAAUGCUAGAUAA